AUGGACGGUGUCUCCCAUCUUCUCCAUGACCUCCCCGAUUUCCUUGUAGAUUUCUACCUUCACAACUUUCUACCAAAGGCCCGCCUGUUCACCGGGAAAAUGACAAUCGCCAAGAGGCACCGCCAAUCGCCGAUUGAUAUUCAGACCGACAAGGUUUGCUGCGAUCCGAAUGUUUGUCAGGUCCAAUCUCUGCACAUCGAUUACAAACUUGGUGACUGUGUGGAUGUUGGAUGCAAUGAAGCUGGCUGGAGGGUGAAUGUCGCCGAAAAUUGUGCUAGUACCCUGACCGGCUCGCACCUGGAAGGCAAAUACCUGCUAGCCCAAUUCCAUGCUCAUUGGAGCCAAGAUGGCAGCCAGGGCAGCGAACAUACAAUUAACGGAAAGCCGCAGGCAGCUGAGGUCCAUUUCGUGUUCUGGAACACAAAAUAUGCAAAUAUUGAUGAGGCGCUGGAGAAGCCGGAUGGGUUGGCCGUCGUUGGAGUAUUUAUCCAUGAGGGGAAGCAUAAUGCUAAUUACGAUCCGUUGUUGGCGGCAAUUAAAAAGUCAAAUGAAGCCGGGGAACCGACAAAUAUGUGUAAAGAUUUUACGAUUGAGCAGCUGAUGCCUGGAAGCGAUCAUCGCGAUUUUGUAACUUAUCUGGGCUCUCUAACGACUCCGCCUUUCAACGAAUCGGUGAUCUGGACAAUUUUCACUACUCCGGUGGAAGUUUCGAAGGAACAGCUAAACAUCUGCCGCCAAAUUGUCGGCUGCAACUACCGCCCCUGCCAAGAUCUAUGCGAACGAAAAAUCCUUGCCUCAAAUCGUGUA